GGUAGCCUUCUUGGAGGAGACUGGGUGCGCCUGCGCACUUGCUAGAUCGCGCGGCUGCUGCUCGAGGUUUGAGAUGAAGCGUGUUUUCUCACUGCUAGAAAAGACUUGGCUUGGCACACCAAUAAAGUUUACCUGGCAGAAAACAUCAGGAAACUACCUUGCAGUAACAGGAGCUGAUCAUAUUGUGAAAAUCUUUGAUCGCCAUGGUCAAAAAAGAAGUGAAAUCAACUUAUCUGGUAACUGUGUUGCUAUGGAUUGGGAUAAGGAUGGAGAUAUCCUAGCAGUGAUUGCUGAGAAAUCCAGUUGCAUUUAUCUAUGGGAUGCCAACACAAACAAAACCAGCCAGUUAGACAGUGGCAUGAGGGAUCAAUUGUCUUUCCUUCUUUGGUCAAAAUUUGGAAGUUUCCUGGCUGUUGGAACUGUUAAAGGAAAUUUGCUUAUUUAUAAUCGUCAGACAUCUCGAAAGAUUCCUGUCCUUGGAAAACAUACUAAGAGAAUCACAUGUGGAUGUUGGAAUGCAGAAAACAUGCUUGCUUUAGGUGGUGAAGAUAAAAUGAUUACAGUUAGUAAUCAGGAAGGUGACACGAUAAGACAGACACCAGUGAGAUCAGAGCCUAGCGACAUGCAGUUUUCCAUGAUGAAGACUGAUGACCGCACCUCCACUGCUGAAAGCACAAUAAGUGUAGUGGUUGGCAAGAAAACUUUGUUUCUUUUUAAUCUGAAUGAGCCAGAUAGCCCAAUUGAUCUGGAGUUUCAGCAGCGCUACGGCAACAUUGUCUGCUAUAGUUGGUAUGGUGAUGGCUACAUCUUGAUUGGUUUUUCACGUGGAAUUUUUGUGGUCAUUUCCACUCAUAUUCGAGAGAUCGGUCAAGAGAUAUUUCAGGCUCGUGACCAUAAAGAUAGUCUAACCAGUAUUGCAGUAUCACAGACCCUUAACAAAGCUGCUACAUGUGGUGAUAACUGCAUUAAAAUCCAUGACUUGGCAGAAUUAAAAGACAUGUAUGCUAUAAUCAACCUGGAUGAUGAAAAUAAAGGGUUGGGCACCUUGUCCUGGACAGAUGAUGGUCAGUUGCUGGCACUGUCUACCCAGAGGGGAUCGCUCCAUGUUUUCCUGACCAAGCUCCCUGUCCUCGGGGAUGCCUGCAGCACCAGGAUUGCAUAUCUCACCUCCCUCCUUGAAGUCACCAUAGCCAAUCCCGUUGAAGGAGAGCUACCAAUCACAGUUUCUGUGGAUGUGGAACCCAACUUUGUAGCAGUAGGGCUUUAUCAUCUGGCUGUGGGAAUGAAUAAUCGAGCUUGGUUUUAUGUCCUUGGAGAGAACGCUGUUAAAAAAUUGAAAGAUGUGGAGUAUCUGGGGACAGUAGCCAGCGUUUGCCUUCAUUCUGACUAUGCAGCUGCACUUUUUGAAGGCAAAGUCCAGUUACAUUUGAUAGAAAGUGAAAUGUUGGAUGCUCAAGAAGAACGUGAGACUCGACUUUUCCCAGCAGUAGAUGAUAAGUGUCGUAUUUUAUGCCAUGCCUUAACUGGUGAUUUCCUCAUCUAUGGCACAGAUACUGGUGUCAUUCAGUAUUUCUACAUUGAAGACUGGCAAUUUGUUAAUGAUUAUCGACAUCCUGUCAGUGUGAAAAAGAUUUUUCCUGACCCAAAUGGGACCAGAUUAGUUUUCAUUGAUGAAAAAAGUGAUGGAUAUGUCUACUGUCCAGUUAAUGAUGCUACCUAUGAGAUUCCAGAUUUUUCACCAACCAUUAAAGGUGUUCUUUGGGAAAACUGGCCAAUGGAUAAAGGUGUGUUUAUUGCCUACGAUGAUGAUAAGGUGUACACUUAUGUCUUUCACAAGGACACUAUACAAGGAUCCAAGGUCAUUUUGGCUGGUGGCACCAAAGUUCCCUUCUGUCAUAAACCUUUGCUGUUAUAUAACGGAGAAUUGACCUGCCAGACGCAGAGUGGAAAAAUAAACAACAUCUACCUUAGCACCCACAGCUUCCUCCACAGUUUAAAAGAUGUGGGGCUUAAUGAUCUGAGGCAGAUGCUGACGCAGACUUUAAUGCUAAAAAGGAUUAUUAUGAGAAGGGAUUUACAGCACUGGGACAGUGCUCUACAGCUGGCAAAACGUUUAGCCCCAGACCAAAUACCGUUUAUUUCAAAAGAAUAUGCUAUUCAGCUUGAAUUCACGGGUGAUUAUGUAAAUGCUUUGGCUCAUUAUGAGAAAGGAAUAACAGGUGAUAAUAAGGAACAUGAUGAGGUAUGUCUGGCUGGCGUGGCCCAGAUGUCCAUAAGAAUGGGAGACAUCCGCCGAGGGGUUAGCCUAGCCCUCAAGCACCCCAGCAGGGUCCUUAAAAGAGACUGUGGAGCCAUACUGGAGAAUAUGAAGCAAUUUUCAGAAGCAGCUCAACUCUAUGAAAAAGGUCUCUACUAUGACAAAGCAGCAUCUGUUUACAUCCGCUGUAAGAAUUGGGCAAAAGUUGGUGAACUUCUGCCUCAUGUUUCUUCUCCAAAGAUUCACUUGCAGUAUGCCAAAGCUAAAGAAGCAGAUGGAAGAUACAAAGAAGCUGUUGUGGCUUAUGAGAACGCAAAACAGUGGAACAGCGUGAUCCGCAUCUACCUGGACCACCUCAACAAUCCAGAAAAGGCUGUCAGUGUUGUCAGGGAAACCCAGUCCCCGGAUGGAGCCAAGAUGGUAGCCCGGUUUUUUCUACAGCUAGGUGACUAUGGGUCUGCCAUCCAGUUUCUUGUUAUGUCCAAAUGUAAUAAUGAAGCUUUCACACUGGCUCAGCAGCACAACAAAAUGGAAAUCUAUGCGGACAUUAUUGGUUCUGAAGACACUACUAAUGAGGACUAUCAAAGCAUUGCCUUAUAUUUCGAAGGAGAAAAAAGACAUUUUCAGGCUGGAAAAUUCUUCUUGCUGUGUGGCCAGUAUUCACGAGCACUUAAACACUUGCUGAAAUGCCCAAGCUCAGAAGACAAUGCAGCAAUAGAAAUGGCAAUUGAAACUGUUGGUCAGGCCAGAGAUGAACUGCUGACCAGUCAACUGAUAGACCACCUUAUGGGGGAGAGUGACGGCAUGCCUAAGGAUGCCAAGUACCUGUUCCGCUUGUACAUGGCCCUGAAGCAGUACCGAGAAGCCGCCCGGACUGCCAUCAUCAUUGCCAGGGAAGAGCAGUCUGCAGGAAACUAUCGGAAUGCACAUGACGUUCUCUUCAGCAUGUAUGCAGAACUUAAAUCUCAGAAGAUCAAAAUUCCCUCUGAGAUGGCCACCAACCUCAUGAUUCUGCACAGUUACAUACUAGUGAAGAUUCACGUUAAAAAUGGAAAUCAUAUGAAAGGGGCACGUAUGCUUAUCCGGGUGGCCAACAACAUCAGCAAAUUUCCGUCACACAUCGUGCCGAUCCUGACGUCUACCGUGAUCGAGUGUCACAGGGCCGGCCUGAAGAACUCUGCCUUCAGCUUUGCAGCCAUGUUGAUGAGGCCCGAGUACCGCAACAAGAUAGAUGUCAAAUACAAAAAGAAGAUCGAGGCAAUGGUCAGGAGACCUGAUACAUCCGAGACAGAAGAGGCCACAACCCCAUGUCCAUUCUGCGAAUUUCUUCUCCCAGAGUGUGAACUUCUCUGUCCUGGAUGUAAAAAAAACAUCCCAUAUUGCAUUGCAACAGGUCGACAUAUGUUAAAGGAUGAUUGGACAGUGUGUCCACAUUGCGACUUCCCUGCACUGUAUUCAGAAUUCAAGAUCAUGUUAAACACUGAAAGCACAUGUCCUAUGUGUUCAGAAAGAUUAAACUUUGCUCAGCUGAAAAAAAUCUCAGACUGUACCCAGUACCUGCGGACAGAAGUGGAGCAGUGAGUGGCACGUGCAGGUAUUAUGGUCCUGAGAAGAUACCAUUUUUCCACAGGAGGCUGUGUUUCUACCCCUGGCAGAUUUCAAGAUGGUCCUUCCUGAAUACAGAAAAAACAAGGUCACCUCUCCAGGUCACCACUUUCAACUUCUGUAGAGUGGCAAACAAACAAACAGUGACAUAUAACAUGCUGUUUAUUAUACUCUGUAUAUUUCUUCUGAGUCUUACAUAUUCUAUGCUCUAUACUGUUAAUAGUAACCUAUGACAUAACUGUAAAUAUUCAGCUUUUUGAUAUCUUUUCUAUUUUGAAAUACCUACUUUAAAAUAAACUUAUUGAUUAGAUA